AUGGAUUCAAUCGAGGGCACAGAGAACUUCGAGGACUCUAGUGCCAAUGCUGAGCGAGAUUCGUGCAGUCAAGAGGGUCAAGAAAUGACUGAAUCUAGAGCGUCGCUUGGCAGUGACGAUGCCUCUUGGGAUGUUGUCUCGGAUCCUUUAGAGAAGUCUUUGGCGUCUGAGGCUGGCGGAGUUUCAAUUCGCGAUGAGUCCGCCACGGAAAAUGAGACCAAGCUUCACGAUAACACGGUUGAUGUGGGACAAUACAUUGAUUCAGCCCUUGCGGGGGAUGACUUUGCCUUUGACUUUUGGACAGAGGGUGUUAAGGCAGAAGUAAAAGAGCAACUGAUUAAGAACGCAGAUGGCGUGCCCCAAUAUGCUGGCGAUCAACUUGAUCAACUUAAGAAAUUCACCGCCUCUAAAUAUAUCCUCGAAGCUCUGAGAGAUCUUCCUCAGAAUAUUGACGCGAUUUACGAGAGGAUGCUGCUGAAUACCGACAAAAGGCUACAGCCUCAAAUUAUAAGCUCUCUGAAAUGGGUAGCUUUUUCAGUCGACACUUUAGACAUCAGUCUACUGUCAGAAGUCUUCACCCUGGAUCUAGGCCGGGCUCGGGCUCUAGAUCAAGCGCAAGCGUCUUCUGCUGAUGACAUCUUGAAACACUUUUCAGGACUACUGGUUGAUAGGGAUGGCUGCAUUCAGUUUGAUCGCCCAUAUAUCAAAGAAUAUUUAACAUCUAGCAGAAUCCGUAACGGCCCUGCAUCUGCCUUCUCGUUCACAGCGAAUGAUGCCCAUCUACACAUUGCAAAGUCUUGCUUGGAAUAUCACCUACAAUGCAAUCCCUCGGACCAUUCAACCACUGCUUGGGCAAUCGUCGAAGAAUACAAUGAAGAAGAUGUGCCAAACUUACAGUCUUACGCAACUAAGAACUGGCCUCUGCAUCUGGAGAGCGUGUCUCGUUCGUCCUGGUCGCCUGAGAUAUGUCAAGCCGCAAAUCUUGCUCUCUAUGCCCGCAGCCGAAGCCUUUACAGCAUGACAAAGUCGGUUCCUGGUCAAUUCUCUUUUGACGACGCGUGGCUAAAUCCACUGAUAUAUUGUGCUCACAUAAACGCACAUCAGCUUACCGAGAUGCUAAUCUCAGAAGGGCUCGGUACUCACGAGUACAUCACUAAAAGCGAUUUAGAUGCUGCGCUGCUGGAAGCUGCCUCGGCUGGAAAUAAUGAGACUGUCCAACUGCUCCUCGAAAAGGGUGCUGCUGUCGAUGCCAAGAGGGCACAUUUACAUCCUCUUAAAAAGGCCAUAGAGGGUAGUUAUCUAGAAAUCAUGCAAUUCUUGGUCGACGAGAAAACCGCCACCAAAACUCUCAGCGAGGCUUUGGAUGAUGCAGCGAGAGAGGGCGAUUUCGAGAUUGUGGAAUUUCUUGUUCUGAACAAUACACCAGUCACCAAAUCCGCUGUGAAGCUUGUAGCUGGGUCAUUUGGAGAUUCACCCGAAUCUUUGAAAUGCUUGCAGUUUUUGCUUGAUAACAGCAAGGGCAUGAAGCUAGAAGGGGCGCUCUGCAUGGCAGCCUCCGGAGAGUGCUGGAAGGCAUUUGAGAUGUUGCGCAGCAGAGGCGCGGAUAUAAACGGCGUUGAUGGGCGUUAUGGCACUCCUCUUCACCAGGUGUGUGCGGCCCAGGACUUAGACGAAUCACGAGUCGAAUAUUUGUUAGGUCUGGGCGCAAAUCCCAAGACCAGAGCAGGGCUGCACGGAACGCCGUUGCAUGCCGUCUGUUAUUCAACUACUGGCCGAGAUGAGAAGACUGCCAUCAGGGUUGCGAAGCUUCUUCUGGCCCACGGCGCUGGCAUCAACAGGACAGGAGGAGCGCUAGGCAGUGCUCUGAAAAACGCAUGUGGAUCAACAGGCGAGGACGGUGCCUCCUGGUAUUCCCUGGUAGAGUUUCUCCUUCAAAACGGCGCAGAUGUCAAUGAAAAGGGGGGCCGGUACGACACCGCUCUACAAGCCGCGUGCGAGGUGGGACAUGCCGAUAUCGUUCGGCUGCUCUUGGAAUGGGGAGCUGUUGUUAAUCCCGGAGGCGAAGGGUAUGUACAUGCUUUUGUACAUGCGAUAAUUGCUGCUUCUGAUACCAGUCCCAAAGAGGGAUAUGACGGAGACAUCGAAAUGGUACAAUUGCUGCUUGAUCAUGGUGCCGAUAUAAAUCAGACAGGCAGCAACUCGUAUGGAUGCGCACUACAAGCUGCAGCCCAAGCCGGGAAUAUAAAGCUUGUCCGCUUCCUGCUCGAUCACGGCGCAGAAAUAGACUUGGAUUUCGCGAAUUGCGGAACUGCGCUCAAAGCUGCCUGCGCCAUCGGUAACAACGAGAUUGCACGUUUGCUUCUCGGCCGUGGUGCGGAUGUGAAUGCAGGAGGUCGCAAUGCUGGAGUCAUCAUCCAGACUGCCUGCUGGACUGAGCGCAGCGACGAUGAAAUGAUCAACAUGCUGCUUGAUCACGGCGCUGAUAUUCGUCUUACCGGCUUCACCUACGUCCCGCUCUUUAACAUGGCCGUCAUAUCGGACGGCAUACGAGACAAUGCCACGCUGAAGCGGCUUCUGGAUCUAGGUGCCGAUAUCAAUGAGGUAGACAUGAACCGCGGCACGCCCCUUCACGCCGUACUGCGAAAACUAUUCGAGGACAGCAGCAUACCGCCCAGCAGGAUCCGAUUUCUCAUCGAGCAUGGUGCAGACGUCAACCUUGACAUCCCCAUGUUUGGAUAUGGCUCGCCGUUGCAUCACCUAUGUGCAAACCCAUAUUACGAUUCUACCAAAUAUCCUCCCCAUCAAGCAGCGGCCCUUCUUCUCGAACUCUGCCCACAGCUUGAUGUAAAUGCGCAUGGUGGGCGGUAUGGCUCUGCUCUGCAGGCGGCGGUGUUUUGCGACUUGGAGGAAACGGUCCAGGUUCUACUCGAUCACGGGGCUGAUGUUAACGCAUCUGGAGGGAGGUAUAACAAUGCGUUGAAUGCCGCUGUUGUGGGGGGGUCUUGGAAUACUGCCAAGAAGCUGCUUGAUCUUGGGGCGACGCCGGAUUGCCAUAGGCUGGAUAGUCCGGACGAGAAAUGGCUUGCUGGUAUUGAGAAGGAGGAUGGGAAGCAGGCUGUGGAGAGCCUGAGCAGCUACAUCAAAAAGUGCCUCUUGCAGAAAAAGCACUCCGCGCUUGAGAAAGACGCGUCGCCUCUCAGAACUACUAUCGCUCCGAAACCACGUAAGAGCGACAUGAUGCCAGGGGCACUAUUAGUGAGGGAGCCCGAAUGGAAGGAACCAGAGGGGGAAAAACCGGAGCUGGAGGAACCAGAAUCGGAGGAAUCAGAAGUGGAGGAAACAGGAUCAGAGGAAACAUACUGGGAGGAAUCAGAAUCGGAGGAAUCAGAAGUGGAGGAAUCAGAAUCGGAAGAAUCAGAAGUCUAG